GACUCCCGGGCGGCGUUUCUCCUGCGGGCGGCGGCGGCGGCGGCGGCGGGGGGGGCUGGGCGCAGCCCGUCCAUGACCAUGGGCGACAAGAAGAGCCCGACCAGGCCGAAGAGGCAAGCCAAGCCCGCCGCGGACGAGGGCUUCUGGGACUGCAGCGUGUGCACCUUCAGGAACAGCGCCGAAGCCUUCAAAUGCAGCAUCUGCGACGUGCGGAAAGGCACCUCCACCAGAAAACCUCGGAUCAACUCUCAGCUGGUGGCACAACAGGUGGCUCAGCAGUAUGCCACUCCACCACCCCCGAAGAAGGAGAAGAAGGAGAAAGUGGAGAAGCAGGACAAGGAGAAGCCAGAGAAGGAGAAGGAGAUCAGUCCUAGUGUCACCAAGAAGAACACCAACAAGAAAACCAAACCAAAGUCGGACAUCCUGAAAGACCCUCCUAGCGAAGCCAACAGCAUACAGUCUGCCAACGCCACGGCAAAGACCAGCGAAACGAAUCACACCUCGAGGCCCCGGCUGAAAAACGUGGACAGGAGCACCGCACAGCAGUUGGCAGUAACUGUGGGCAACGUCACCGUCAUUAUCACAGACUUUAAAGAAAAGACUCGCUCCUCUUCAACGUCCUCGUCCACAGUGACCUCCAGUGCAGGGUCAGAACAGCAGAACCAGAGCAGCUCGGGGUCAGAGAGCACAGACAAGGGCUCCUCCCGCUCCUCCACGCCAAAGGGCGACAUGUCGGCAGUGCAGGACGAGUCCUUCUGAGGCCGCACGUGGGGCAGUGAGAACCUCGCAUCAGGGUAUAGGAUGCAGCCCGCCACCUGCCCGUGCGCCUGCGCCUGGAGUCUCUGUGGACGGCCACCGCCUCUGCAGGAUGCUUCCUGCUCGCCACGGGCAUCUGGCCACCCAGGAAUUUCGCACCCUGACGGUUACUCGUGACACUUUUAUGUAUUCCAUUGUUUUAUAUGAUUUUCCUAACAAUCAUUUAUAAUUGGAUGUGCUCCUGAAUCUACUUUUUAUAUAAAAAAAAAAUCUGCUGUGCACAAUUUUCCAUGUACAUGACAACUGGUUUUUUGUUUUUGUUUUGUUGAGGGGGCGUUGGGAGGGGGGGGGAACUUUUAUUUAUUGUGUUCACAACUCCAUCCUUUCAGCAUAUCCUUUAAGUUUAGUUCUUUCUUCCAGUUAUACUAUGUACUAUCAGUUUUGAUAUAACUAUAUAUAUAUAAAUAUAAAAUUAUAUAUAAAGGGUUAUUUGAAACCAAUCCACGGCAGCGCUGGUGCUUGAUACACUGUGAAGACAACAUGGAACAGUGCAGAUCUGGGACAGUCCCUUCCAGAAAGUGCUGAGACUGAGUCACAGUCGGUCUCGCGUGGAGUGUGUCCCACCCACGUGGGAACCUGACUCUCAUCUAAUGAGUCCUGACGAUAGAAAGAUUCUCUAUUUUUUAAACAAUGUGAUCUGAGAGGUAAAGACUGCUCCAGAUGGCCUGCAUUGGCAGGGGGUAAUGACAAAUCACAGGUGGUGCAGUGGGGGGCUCUGUCACCCAGGAGUACCUGAAGGAGCUCCAGAAUGCCACGUGUUGGUGUAAGUCACGGUCACACGCUGACUUUGCUGUUCUGCACAAGCACCCGGCCUCACGGGGUCUCCCUGGGUCCACCCAUCUUCCAGGCCUCCCCUCAGGUCUGGGCCCCCAGGGCCACCCUGGCCUCCACCUCCAGGGGCCUGGCAGUGGGGGCUUUACAGUUGGACUUGGUUGCCUCACGUCCCCGUCACUCAGACCCUCGCCCUGCCGGUGCAGACGUGAGACUCCCUCCUCGUUCGUUCUUAAAACUUACUGUGGUUCAUUCUCCUCUGCAAAGGUCACGGCCACACGAGAGGCCCCCAGUGGAGCCCGUGCUGGAGACCCGGCUCGAUCCCCCAGGGUGGGGACUCUGGCACUGAGUGGCCGAGGCGCAGGGUAAGGCCAUGCUGCCUGCCCUCCGAGGGCCUCCCCUGGCAGAGACCCUGGCCAGAGAGCGUGCUCCAGAGUUCCUUGACCUCUCUUGACUGUCCUGGGGGGAGGAACAGCCACUCAUCUGAUCUAGUGACACCAUCCUCCUUGAUUCACGGCCUUUGCUUGCUUUGCUUUGCUUUUGUUUGGAUUUGGGGGUCUCUCUUCUCCCCGACUUUCCCAUUCACAUCCACUGAGUUGGUAGUACACCAGAGUCAUUUCGGGCGUGGGAACUUGAUGUUAACCUUCCUUUAUUUGAUCUUGCUUUAAGGACUCACGGGAGGGUGUGUGAUGUAAUGAAGCACCACAUUUUGGUGUUAAGAACCUGGUUUCCUUAAUAGUAGAACUAAUUUCUAUCUGGAGGCAACAAGUAAAAGGAAAAAAAAAUUAACAGCUUGAAUUGAGUAGCCAGCAGGAAAGGUUCCUCUCACAUUUACAUUAAAACGAUGCUGUAGUCACCAAUGUACCAUAAUUUAAAUUUGUCCUCGAAGGUAUAGAUUAUAAAGCAGUGCCAUUCGUUGCUGUGGUCCUAUUCUCAAAUGCAUGGACAAUGUUCCCUUCUUUUUAAAAUAAUGCUUGUAUCUGGGAUGCAAGCUGUGCUUAUCUUUUUAAAUACCUUUUUAAAGUAUUUAUUAAUGAACCAAAGGAAAUCAGGUGCUUUCUAUAAGCAUCAGAAUAUAUAAUACAUAGUGAUUUGACUAUGAAUUUUAAAUCCACGUUUUAAUAUUAGUGGGAUAUUGCAAAGACAUUCCUUCUAAAAAGUUUUAAUAUUCCUUUUAUUACGGGUCUCAGGGAGGGUAAAUUAGUCAGCCAUAUUUAUUUUCCAGAGGUGUAAGGAAUUGCUAAGUUUUUUAAUUAACUUUUUUAAAAAAAUUAAAUGCCACCAAACUCGUGGGUUGCACUGCUUUUGGAACCAGUCAGUGUUGGCAUGCACUUUGUUCACGAACACUGUGUGCUUUCGCAAAUCAGUUUCAUGUAAAGUGAUUGGACCCCUAAUGAGUGGAAAAGCUGACGAUCCAGCUACUCAGAGGCUGCUCAGUGAUCCAUCGCCAGUGUCUUGGUUUUUUGGUUUUGCCUCCGUGAUCAAUUAAAGAAUGGGGAGAGGUGAAGGAAGGGCGGGGGGGGUUGGCUUUAGGACGAGUGGGCCCAGCUUGCUGUUGGGGCAAGACGGAGGGCGGGUUGUCCAAGCACCAGACGUCACAGGGCCAGCCCGCAGCUGCCGCGUGUCUGGGGCAGCGAGGUGGUGGGUACCCAAGACCUUGAAUUCCCAAAAUUGGUGACAUCCCUCAGGCACGAUCUCUGGAAACGGGAUCCCACUUCCUGCUGUUGCGUCCCGCCCUGCGGUUCCUAGGCAGUGCGUCUGAACACUAGCUAGCGUAGGUGAUGAGGAUGUACCUUGAAAGGACCAGAAACACUCAGUGUUCAGUGGCACAGAAAGCAGGUGAAAAAUCAAAACAAAAAGCACAGUGUUAACGCAAGUUUCCCUUUGUUUCGACACCACACGAUUUCACUCGCGUGCGGCAGCUGACCUGUCCGCUCUGCUUGCGUCGCGCAGUUAAGACAGAGGUCAAGACAUCCGACUCCCACUAUUUGAACCCAAACCUUUCCGUUCCAAUCUGGAUAUUCAAACACAACGUCGGCAGGAGCUUCUGUGAGUCCUUCCAUACGAUGUUCCACCUGCCUUACCGAGACCAUUCUCAGUCUACUUUUUUAAGCUACCGUAUCUUAAAUUAUUGAAAGUUUAUUAAUUGCUGAAUAUAUAAUAACCUUUGCUUGUAUGUAACCGAAAAUGGUGUAAGAGCCGACAUUUAGAGUUGGACGAUGGAGCCGGACAGUUUCUAAUGCGCAAGCAGUUCUGUUCUUGUGUAUGACUCGUAACCUUAAUUUACUGUGUAAAGAUGGUUACAUUAUUUCCUUAGCUUUGUUUGUUGGAGACAAAUAGAGAAUGCUUGUUAAGUAUGUCAAAACAUAAUCUUAACCUUGUGAAUUUUUGUUCAUGUAUUAUACGAGCUCUAUUUUCCAUUUGCCCAGAAAGACAGCUUGUAUAACGCUUUUGGAAGUUUCUGCUCUGUAAGGUCUCUAGAGCUGACGGUCUGUUAGGUUUGUUUUCUCUUCAUGCUAAAGUGUCAGUUGGUGGUUUUGUGAACUGGUCAGAAAUUCACAGGUCUUAAAUGUUUUGGGAAAUUUAUAUUGGACACUGCUCUUUGUCUAGCAAAUAAAAGAUGUUAAUAUAUUCCUGUUACUGGCAUGUGCACGACUAUGUUAUUAGAAGCCACUUUAUCAUUUUCCUGCUUUAAAUAGAAAUGUCUAUUUAUGAAUUCUGCUUGUAGUUUUUUCACAAAUAAAAUAGUAAAAUUUA